AUGAUUUUCUUUCUACUCUUUGUGGUCAUUCCUAUUUGCCUCAUCUUUCUUCUUCUUAAAGCCAAAAGGAGUGGUAAAAAUAAGCUUCCACCAGGUCCUAUAGGGCUUCCUUUCAUUGGAAAUUUGCAUCAAUUUGAUAGUUUAGCCCCUCAUAUUUAUUUUUGGAAACUUUCCAAGAAAUAUGGAAAAAUCUUCUCAUUCAAACUUUCUUCUCAUGUUUCAAUUAUUGUAGUUUCUUCAGCAAAAUUAGCAAAAGAAGUACUCAAGACACAAGAUUUAGUGUUUUGUAGCAGACCUUCUCUUGUUGGCCAACAAAAAUUGUCUUACAAUGGUCAUGAUAUUGGUUUUGCACCUUACAAUGAUUAUUGGAGAGAAAUGAGAAAAAUAUGUGUUCUUCAUUUAUUUAGUCUCAAGAAAGUGCAAUUAUUUAGUCCGAUUCGUGAAGAUGAAAUCUCAAGAAUGAUCAACAAAAUAUAUCAACAAGUUGAUAAUUCUCAAGUCACCAAUUUGAGCAAUUUGAUGAUUUCACUUAAUAGUACAAUUAUUUGUAGAGUUGGUUUUGGUGUUAGAUUUGAUGAAGAAGCACAUGAAAGGAAGAGAUUUAAUUAUAUUUUGGCUGAAGCUCAAGCUAUGUUGGCAAGCUUUUUUGUGUCUGAUUUUUUUCCAUCUUUAAGUUGGAUUGAUAAACUCACUGGAUUGACCGAUAGGCUUGAGAAGAAUUUCAAAGAUUUGGAUGAGUUUUAUGAAGAACUAAUUGAACAACAUCACAAUCCCAAUAGGCCAAACUCCAUGGAAGGAGAUAUUAUAGAUCUUUUGCUACAAUUGAAGAAAGAGCAAUUAACACCAAUUGAUCUCUCUUUGGAGGAUAUAAAAGGAAUUCUCAUGAAUGUGUUAAUUGCUGGAUCAGACACUAGUGCAGCUGUGGUAGUAUGGGCAAUGACAAUCUUGAUCAAGAAUCCAAAAACCAUGAAGAAAGUUCAAGAAGAAAUAAGAAAUUUAAUUGGAAACAAAGGCAUUGUAAAUGAAGAUGAUAUUCAAAAUAUGUCUUAUCUCAAAGCAGUGAUAAAAGAGACAUUAAGAUUAUUUCCACCAGCUCCACUCUUAAUACCAAGAGAAUCAAUGAAAAUAUCCACACUAGAAGGCUAUGAAUUUCAACCAAGAACUAUAGUUUAUGUUAACGCAUGGGCAAUUGCAAGAGAUCCUGAAAUAUGGGAAAAUCCAGAAGAAUUUAUGCCUGAGAGAUUCUUAAAUAGCGAUAUCGACUUCAAAGGACAAGACUAUGAGUUAAUUCCGUUUGGAGCAGGAAGAAGAGGAUGUCCAGGCUUGGCACUUGGA